AUGAUACUACACGUGUUUCUGGCGGCGAAGUCGCGAAUUGGUCUGACGAAGAACUCGUUGAAAAAGGUCCUCGGAAAAGCGAAUGUCAGCUUAGAAGAACUCCAAACGAUCUCCACCGAAACGGAAGCAAUCCUCAAUGAUCGCCCUCUAACACACAUGUCAUCAGAACUCAACGACGAAGGACCACUAACACCGUCACAUCUACUCUAUGGUCGGAGAAUCACCACAUUACCCCACCUACUCUGCGAAGACGACGAGAUCGAUGACCCUACCUACGAACCCGAACCCAGCAACAUCGACACGCAAGGAAAACGUAGAUCCCACCUAAUCCAACACUUUUGGAAACGUUGGCGCCAAGAAUACUUGACGAGCCUACGCGAGUUCCACAGAACAACUGGAAACAACACAACCGAGAUAUGUGUUGGUGAUGUAGUUCAAGUACACGACGACACGAAACGCAUUAACUGGAGACUCGCUGUAGUAGAAAGUUUGAUCAAAGGAGGAGAUGGACUAGUACGAGCAGCAAAUAUUAAGACGAGCACUGGUCGCACCAACAGACCAAUCACCAAACUCUACCCACUCGAAGUUAGGUCUAACUCCACAGCAACAGAAGAAACACAGACCACCUUCGACAAGGAUCUCGAUGAAGAGAAUCCCUCAACAAAUCCACAACCACAUGACGUUACCGGCGGAAAGUCAAGCAGACCUGUACGAGCAAAAGCACAACAGGCAAAGGAGAAAUUGAAACAUUGGACAUCCAUACUCUCGCGCCCCCCGGAGGAUGUCAUGAAUUGA